AUGUACCACCAACGCGUUGUCAAAGGGUCGCCCGACUCAUGUCCAGACUCGGUUUUAGGGCACGAUAUAAACCCCUUGGAUAUUCCCACUCCCAAGAAGGAAGAAAUCGAAGUCGGAGAUCGAGACAUGCGGCUCAUUCCGCGUUACAAAUUAGGACAAAUCGUUCUCAUUGAGCUCAUGGGACCAAAUGUCCUGGGCCAAAGCAGAAGUUGGGCUCUUCGCCAAAGCCUUGUACAGAAGCGUGUAGACUCUCAGAAUGAAGGGUUUCUUCGCAGCUAUCAUCCUUUCCUCCGAGACUCUAAGGAAGUUUUCAUCCUAACUCAAAAGGGCUCUGGCAAAAGGGUUUGGGUGGUCACCGGAAUCAACAGUACGAGUGACGAUAUAGCAGGUGGGAUGGAUAUCAUUGUUCAUCCUUCUUUUGAGACCCCGAAAGAACCAUCAACGCUCCCGGAUCCUUUAGACCGGGAGAUCAACGUGGAUGUUCCAUUGUCGGCAGAAGCCAGGGCCAUGAUUCAGGGUGUCUUCCCUAAGUCUGUUGGUGUUUCCGUUGAUAAGUGCGAGUGUGUCAUUGUUCGGUUUUGUAGUAGAGAGGAUAUGUUGGAAGCGUGGGGUUUUGGCACGCCUUCUCGGAUUGGGGGUAUGGUAGUUGGCUAUCAAGUCGUUGACACAAGAUAG